AUCACACCUAGCAUGAAUAAUUAACGGUAUCCUUGACUGUUAUACAGAAUAUUAGUAAAGAAGCACCGUUUGUGAACAGUUCCGUAAGAAAUUGUAAAUUAUCCAAUAGUUGCCGACAUUUUAACAAUGAAUCUACUUUGUAUCUCUUCAGUGAUAGUUCUAUUCUGUUUACAGCAGGCUGAUUUGUUUUGCAUUAAUAUUUUAAGUGAGGACGAGAAGCCUUGUGCACGACCAUUAAACUUGGACGCGGACUCCGUACUUGAUUUUUAUCAGACAAAUUCACAAAGUCCAGUCUUCGCCGAAUAUUUAAACUGCAUUUGGUUGGCUCGGAAUUUUGUAAAUAAAGAUGGAACCAUUUCAUAUGAAAACAUUAAGGCUUCCAAAUCGCUGCCGUGGGAAAUUUCUCAUUUCUGCGAAGACGUCAUUACAUUAACACGGAAAGCGCAACAGGAAUACAAACAGGCCGCCAUUUACUGUGAAAAUAAUCCACCUGCGGCUGCUACUCCUCUAACGGUUAGACAAUGUAUCGUGGAUAAUUACAAACCCAUUCCAAUCGAAGAUUACUUAAAAACUAAUCCGUAUCUAGAUUAAGGGUAGUAUUAUGUACGAGAACAAUCUUGUGUACAAAAGAAACGGAAUUUUAUUUGCUUUAACAGUUGAGAGACAUUUCGAUCUAGUGAGGAAAUUUUGUAAUCAACCUGUUUAGGUGGUACAACUUGAAUAUUUUUUGUAUAAUCCAUUUUGUAAAACAGUUUUUGAAUAAUCAAUAACAGAAAUA